GUACAUUGCGCAACGGCCCAUUUCGCCUGUCUUUGGACGCUCGCCGGCAAUUUAUUUAAUCUCGGAGAUUGUCGUUCCUCUUGCGGCAACAUGACGUCGUUCCGAGCCUUCCUUGCCGUUUCAGCUCCUCCUCUCUCUUCUCUCGGCACCACCGCUUCCUUUCCAACUCGCCCCAACUCACUUCCUCAACGCCGCUUGUGCAAGUUUGGUGUGAAAUGCAGUUUUGCGGAAGCAGGAACCAGUGAUGACUCAAGAUCAGCUACAAUAGAUGUUGUAGCUGAUGUCAAGAACGAACGGAUUGUAGUCUUGGGAGGAAGUGGUUAUGUUGGUUCUGCAAUAUGCAAGGCUGCGGUAUCCAAGGGCGUAGAGGUUCUAAGUCUAAGCAGGUCAGGGCGUCCUACUUACUCUGGCUCGUGGGUGGAUCAGGUUAACUGGAUACCAGGAGAUGUUUUUUAUGCUAACUGGGACGAAGUACUUGUUGGAGCUACAGCUGUGAUUUCAACUCUUGGAGGUAUUGGCAGUGAGGAGCAGAUGAAAAGAAUUAAUGGCGAGGCUAAUGUUGUGGCUGUAAAUGCUGCCAAGGAUUUUGGGAUUCCAAAAUUUAUCUUAAUCUCUGUUCAUGAUUACAACCUACCGCCAUUUUUACUUCAAUCUGCAUACUUCACAUCGAAGAGGAAAGCAGAAUCAGAAGUACUAUCCAAAUAUCCAAACUCGGGUGUUGUCCUAAGACCAGGUUUUAUAUAUGGAAAGAGGCGAGUGGAUGGUUUUGAGCUUCCACUUGAUCUGGUUGGGGAACCACUGGAAAAAAUUCUUAGUGCUGUGGAGAACUUUAUAAAGCCUUUAAAAGCUCUUCCAGCAUCUGAUUUGAUCUUGGCUUCACCAGUUAGCGUAGAUGAUGUUGCAUAUGCAGUCAUCAAUGCAGUAAUGGAUGAUGACUUCUUCGGCGUUUUCACCAUCGAACAAAUCAAAGAAGCAGCGGCAAAAGUGAAAGUUUGAAUCACUUCUACACUUUGAACUAGUUAUCAUAAUCUCUAGUAUUUCAACAUCUACAAUGCCGAUCUUGACCCGAUCAUGAAUAAUGGCUAAAUGCAAAGUGGAGCUGUUGUAAAGUUAAAAGUUUUACCUAUAAAUAAUAUUGAAGCAGAGAACAUAUCUAUUAUGGA